GAUCGAAGCGGCGCGGGUGUAGAUAGUUAUUUAUACAUAUAUGUGUGUAUGUGUACAAAGCGCCGAGGUAAAACAACGGACAAAAUGGAAUAGUGCAAAAAAAUUUCUGAUACUGAAUCACAAUCGAAAUCAGAAAGCUAAAGCUGUGGCUGCGACUGCGACUGAAAUUGACGGCGCAGCGUGUCAGCUGUGAAAGUGGCAAGGGCGGCAAUGGCAAUUGGCGUAUGAAAUCGCUUUUGUGUGCGUUGAGAGCGAAGUGCGCGCUCGUGUGUGUUUGUGCGUUGGUAUGUGCGCGGCAAAUAUUGUGAGACGCAACAUAAUAGAGAUAAAAGCGAAGCAAAGCCAAAUGUAAUGAAAACAAAAAUACAAAGCGUAUAAAAAGUGAAAGAAAAAAGAAAAUCAGAAUAGCGAGAAGAAAGUGCAGAGCAAAAAAAAAAACUACAAAAGUGGUAAAGGAAGUGUGCGCGCGAAUGUGUGCGUAAGAAAGUGGAAAGGCGCUGAUGUAUAGUGGCAAAGCGCGAGAGGCAAGGGAGAUAAAGUAGAGGAAAAUUAACUUCCUGCGUGUGAAGGAUACGCCACACUAACGACAAGCUUGAGCGCUAGUCGGUUUUUAUACGCGCUGUGGCAGGCGCGGUGUAGAGUAGGCGCAGGGCUAUGCGCAAACUAAAGCAAAAUGCAAAAAAUUUGCUAAACUAUAACUAGUGCUUUUGUGGCGUCAAACGCGCGCGGUGAAACGGUAGACCGCAUUGCUACGCGCAAGCAAAGUACAGGUAUUUAAUGCAAGCGCGUGCAUAUUGUAAGGCAUAAAAAUGUGUUUCAAACGCUCUAAAUAAUUGUGGCAACACAAAGCGUGUGCGCGUUUAAGUAGAAAAUUAAUUUUACUGCAAGUUGUGCGGUGACGCCACGCGCGCUUAUAGGAUUACACAGUGCGCGUAAGUUUUUUGUACACAAAUUGUUUUUAUUAAGACGCCAAAGUGACGCGCACAAAACGGAAAGCGUUGCCGAAAGCAACAAAACCGGCGAAAGCGCAGCUGGUCACACAUGCGGCGACAUUGCGUAGCGCAACGCAACGCAGCGCUGCAGAUGCUGCCGCCAACGAGGUGUCCAAAGGGAACGCGACCGACUUCAGCGCGUUCGACUUCAAUGACAGCUCCGACAAUUCGGAUAUACAGGCGCGCCCGCCAUCCUACCUCAGUCGCACGAAUCUGCUUAACAAUAUAGGCAGUGGCGGCGGCGGCGGCAGCGGCGGUAACAACAGCAAUGGCAACAAUACCAGCAACAGUAUUAGCAGCUGUAACAGUAACAACAACAACAACAACAGUAGAUUAAAUAAUAGUAGUAAUUUAGUGAACAACAACAACAAUAAUGCAAAUUGUCGCGAAGUGGACGCAGCGAGUAAUGCAGGCGCGCGCAGUGGGAGGAGUGGCGCUGAAAUGCAUGGCGUCAACGGCGACGCGAUGGAACAGGAUGAACAGGAGGAGCCAGGUGCUGGCGGAGUUGUUGGUGGCGAUGAUGUUGGUGAAGAGGACGACGGCGAUGAUGAGGAGGAAGAAAUCAAUGAGGCUGAAAACACAGAGCAGCGUGAGCACCGAACACGCAUGAAAACGGAGGAGGAAUGCGGCGGCGACGAGGACGACGACGACGAUGAUGACGAGGAGGAGGACGAGGCGGACGAUGACGCGCAUAAUGCAGCGUUCAAUGUCACCGCGCAACAAUUGCGCGCUGUCACCGAUGCCCUGGCUAGUGUGACCGGUGACAAUGACAGGUUUCUCGAGACACCAAACGCGUCCAUUGCCGCCACGGAUACAAACGCUGGCGCGGCCGUUAGCGCGUGCAAUAUUAGCAAUGGAAAAGCUGGUGAUGACAAUAUCAUCACCAAUAACAACAACAGUAGUAGUAACCACAGCCACAGCAAUAUUGCGCUACAAAGAAACAACAACAACAACAACAACACAAACAAUGAUGACAAUAGCAACGCCAGCAGUGACGAUGAUGAUGGCGAGGAGGACGAUGACGACGAUAUGGUCUGUCAUGGCAUGCGCGCACUCGAUGGCAUGGGUGUGGGCGACGCACAUCGCGCGGCAGUUAAUACGCACAACAGCAGCAACAAUAACAGUAGUCACCAUAACAGCAAUAGCGCUGCCGAUGCAUUGCUGAUGGCAGCGAUUGCCAAUGCAAGCACCAAUGGCACAACCAACAGCAAUGGUGGCGCUGCGGGCGCACACAACAACGCGCUGACUACAGAGUCACACAACCAAUGUGCGGCGCAGCAAGGGGGUGCCACCGGCGUUAGUGCGCUUUUCGAGGGCGCUUUAGGCGCCAGCAGCGGCAACAAUUGCAAUGAAUUGGCGCGCAGCAGCAGCGCCAGCUUGAGCAAUAAUAGCUCCUCCACGGCAGCGCUGGGUGGUGGUGGUGGCGGUGGCAGCGUUAUUGGCGCGGGUGAUGCGAAUAGCAUCGGCAUUGGUGGUGGCGCAGGCGGCGGUAAUGGCAGUAUUUGCGGUGGUGUUGUUGGUGGGGGCGGCAACGGUAUUGCGUCCGGCAUAGGUGGUGAGAGCAUGUGUGGCGGCGCGCCUAGCGAGGCCGGGAGCGCGGCUGGUACAACGGGUUCGGGUCAUAGUGAGCGUAAGAAGUAUCGUCAUCAAAAUUAUAGCAAGAAUAUUUAUAUCGGCACCAAGAAUGCGGAGAAAUGGGAGCACACACGCACGCGUCUGCAGUUCAAAAACGAUGUGGAGUUCGUGACGUACUUGUUGAAUUUGGCCGACAAUGAUACGGAGCGUUUGGCGAAUUUACCGCCACCUUCAGCGCCAACAACACCCACAAAGAGUUUCGCCAACAACUUCAAAUUGGAGCCCAACCUCAGCGUGAAGGAGUUCAGCAAAAGUCAAACGGAGAAUAGCAGCGAGGCACCAGCACCAGCGCCGACACGUAGGAAAUACAAAAAGCGCGUACAGUUCAGUGACGCGCUCAAUGGCUUCCCGAAAAUCAAAGACUUUUCGAAUUUUUCCGCCAAAGCCAAGAAACACGAUCAAAAAAUGAAGAAUGCCGCAAACACGAGCGGUGCAGGCAAUGAUACCUUGCCCGAAGUGUUAGACUGUCGCAUAGCAGAGAAGAUCAAGAGUGAGCUAGAAGAGAAGGGCGCUACGAAGGGACCAGCACAUCAAAACGCAUUGUGUCUGAAGAAACCGGGUGAAGCGGGAGAUGAAACCGAACAGCACAACCACAGCGAUGAAGACGAUGAUGAGGAAGCAGAAACAGAGACAACUGGCGCUGACAUUGCCAGCGCAGCUGCACUCGCGAGUGCUGCCAACGUCGCAGCCGCUAUAGGCGAUGUGGUAGAUGCCAAUAGUGGCGCCGGAGCAGGAGUAACAGCAACGCCCACACUGACUGCACCAACCGCAAUGGCCACCACCAGCAAUUUCCGUGCGCGUGUGAAAGGCAAACGUGGUCCCAAACCCGCAACGACGCUGCCGGUCAACAAUGCAUUCAGCAGUCUAGGCAACAGCCUGGCCGAUGAUGAAGAAGAUGAGCUCGACGGCGAGACGGACGGCGAUGAUGAGGAUGAGGAAAUGGACGAGGAAGCAUUGGCGCGUGAAAUGAAGAAUGAACAAAAUUUCGUUGAAGAGGAGGACGAACACGAUAUAGCCUUUCGUUCGCAGCAAUCGUGUCGCGAAUGCUCCAUCACGCAUGACUACAAAAUAUGUCCACUACGCACAGCUAUCGGUACCAUAACCGAUGCCGUCGACUUGUCGGAGUGGAUAGAACGUAAAAACUUAGAAGCUUUGGCUAAACUAAAACACGAUGCACAACGGCAGGCCAAACAGGAUCACGAUCCGGACGAUGAGGAUAUGGACGAAACUUCACAAAUGUCUGAGCUCGAAACGAAGCCGUUGAUAACGUUCGCCGAGGCAUCGGUACCAGCCGAAUUCGAGCUGCACAAUGUCGAACCGAAUGUGACGGGCGUGUUUGCGCGCACCGAAGUGCGCUCCCACACGAAACUCGGACCGCUCAUCGGACAACCGGUACAAAGCAGUGAUGUACGCGAAGGCAGCGAUAUGAAGUGGAUAUUCGAGAUCUGCGAAGCAGGCGCCGAUUUGUCACAACUAUUGGCCUGCGACAAUCCGAACACUUCCAAUUGGCUGCGUUACAUACGACCGGCGCCCAGUUACGAGGAGCGCAAUGUGAAUUUGGUGUCAAUUGAACGGCAAGCGUUCUUUGUCACCUGUCGCGAUGUGAAGAACGGCAUGGAAUUGCUCUACUGGAGCGACGACUGCAACACGAUGUGGCGCAAGAAGCACACCGAGAAAACGAAUUGUGGCGGCUGCAAUUUGCGCUUUGACCAUCCGCUCUACUAUCGCACGCAUUGCUCGAUUUUCCACGAUCCCUCGAUGAGUCUCACCAUACGCAAGUACCACUGCAAGGUGUGCGGCGAAGCGGUGCUCGGCAAGGACAACAUCAUGAAGCAUGCGGCCGAGAAGCACGAGGGCAAAGGCGCCUAUCAAUGCCAAUUUUGCAACAAGUUCUUCCUGCGACUCAACUACUUGGAAAUGCAUCGCACCUACGGCUGUGCAGCCAAUCCGAAUCGUGCGCGACCACUUUGCGAUUUCUGCGGUCGCAAAUUUUGCCAACCGCAAAAGCUCAAGGCUCACAUCAAGCGCAUGCACAGUGGAUCACGUGCCGCGCUGCAGCGUCACUCCAAGGAGGUGCACAGUCGCAACUCGACGGUGGUCAGUUGUCCACGAUGUCAGAAGCUCUUCCAGAAUCGCAGUAAUUUGAAAAUCCACAUGCUCACACAUUCGGGCGUCCGACCAUUCAAAUGUUCGGAGCCCGAGUGCAAUGCCGCCUUCACCACGAAGCAAUGUCUGCAGUUCCACUACAAGAAGGUGCACAACUAUACACAGGAGCAAAUGCCUCGGAUUGAGCGUAGUGUCGCGUAUACCUUCGAUGCUUAUUCGGGUGGCAUGAAGGUAGACUUUUUGGAACAAGCGCCGCGGCGCCGACGUAAGAGUUUGGAAGAUCAAAACUCGCGCCUGAGCUCGAGCAUACAAAGCGACACUGAAUUCUCGGACGAUAAUAUCUUUGAAGCCAUCAAGAAAUCGGGCAAAUCAAUCAAAGAUCUGUGCCGUAAUGAGCCAAACCUCUCAUUACUCUCAUCUAAGAUCUCCAGCAUAUUCGGCGAAAAGGUUGUGGGUAGCCGGAAACGCAAGAAAAAGAAAGAACCACCAACACAAAAUAUGAAUUUGAUGGGUGCUGUCGCUGGCGGUGCUGGCGUCGGUGUGGGCAACGCCACUGAGGAGGAUGAUGAAGACGAGCAUAUGGAGCAGGUGCGUCGCAAGCAAGCCAAUGCGCAAUUGAGUCUUGUCGAAUCGUUUUUGACCACGACGGCACAACGUCUCACCGCACAGCAACAGGUCCAACAGGUGGUCGCCGCCGCAGCUGCUGUAUCAGCGAUGGCCGGUGCUGGAGCGGCAGCCGUGGCCGAGGAUCCCACCAAAAUGCACAUGAUGUCUGGUCUGAACAGCCAACAUCACGCGAUGGCUAUGAGUGGACAUGCCGUGGCAGGUAUGCUGAACGACGACGAUGACGAAGAGGACGACGAGGAUGAUAAUGGCACAGAUGAUGUACACGAUGGCGGGCAUGGUGAAACACAUGACGACAAUAACGGUUACCGCCAUCAUGCUGGCAUGAAUCCUUUGGGACAGAAUUUGGUUGUGAGCAAAGGCAGCAAAAAAUGGAUUAGCGGUGAUGAUCGUCAUCUGUCGCGCGAUUGUGUGAACACGGUGGAUCGCUGUGGCAUGGGUGGUGGCGGUGUUGGUGGUGGCGGUGUUGGAGUCGGCGUCGGCGUUGGCGUUGGCGGCGGUGUGGGUACAGAUGCAGCCGUCGCUGCAGCUAUGGGUGGUGCCGCGGCCGUGGCGGCUGCCUGCGGUAUGGCCGGCAAUGGUGGUGGUGUUGGGGUCGGUGUGAGCAAUGACAUGGGUAUGCCACCGUUCGCGGUGCCACCCAGCACGGUAGACGAUGCGAACAAAUUGAUUGGUCACAAUCGCGAUUUCUUGGCGCGUCUGAUGAACUCCGCUAGUGCCAGUCAUACGCAUCACAACAAUCGGGGCGAGGAGGAUGAGAAUUCUUCCUUCCUCGAUGUGGUCGAAUCCAACAAUAAUAAUAACAACCAAAUCGCGCAAUACCAUCACAACAGCGGCGGCGGUGGUGGCGGUGUGGUUGGAAAUGUUAGCGGCGGUGGACAUGUGGUCAAUACGGGCAAUGGCAAUACGAAUAAUAUGGUUGGCGCGGGUGCGAACAAUACACCGGGCCAUCAAGCGGAGGAGGCACAGUUACAAAUGAAUUCGUUGGCGCAUUCGCAAUCGUUUAUGAGUUCGUUUUACAACAAUGCAAAUGCAAGACUGAGCGGCGCAGGUGGCGCCUCGACAUCGGCGAGCAUGCUUGUAGAGGCGGCUUUGAAUUCCGUGGGCAAUAUGAUCGAUACGGAAAAUAAUGACAUGAAGGUGCCGAAUGAUGCGAACAUUAACACCGACAGUCCGAUGAGCGCUCAUCAUGUGGACAACGAAACGAAUCGCUUCAACACAGACACUGCCGCCAAUCACCAUUCCAUUAACAGCAUUGACAACCUGGAGAACGAGCUGAAGAUGAUGAAGAAUCUCAGUAGCUUCCCAAUGCAAAUUCCACCACUGCCAAUGUUCCCGAACUCAGGCAACGCUAUGACCUCUUGCAACAUAUCGCCAAACGCUUCGACACCGACAAAUCCUCAAAGCAACCAGAAUAAUAACGACGUCGAUGUGGAUGCCAGCUCCACGCCACGCCCACAGCAUUUAGGCGCCGGCGCUGCCGAUUCCGACGGUUUCUCCUCGGUACAUCAUCGCACACCGCCCACGCCGCAACCCAUCUCGCCCGGACGCGAUUACGGCAUGUUCAGCAAUGCGAAUGCUAACGGCGCUAAUGGCACACCUGGCGGUCCCGGCACAGCAGGCAGCAACAGCAGCGGCAAUAGCGCCAGUGGCAAUAGCAACAAUAACAUAUCAGCCUCCUCACCGUUGCCCACAAUGCAAGGGCACCGGCGGAAUGCUUCCAGUGUUGGCAGCGCAUAUCCGGAACAUGAGCUCAUAUCGCCCGCAUCAUCGCCGUCCAUACCACGCUACAAUUUCAAUGGCGAGAUGAUGCGACACAAGCGCGCGGAACAUGAGAAUGAGCGACGACAAGCGAUCGGGCAUAAUCCACAUCUAUCUAGCGACGAUGAGAACAGUAUUAUGCCACAAAAUAGGUACGUGCACUUGUCGAAAGCAAUCGAAUCACAAAUUGAUUUUCCAAACUCUCCCAGCAGCUCAGGGCAAGAUAUGCGCAUGAAAUUCUCACAGUCGCAAAUGGACCUAAUGUACACCAAGUACGAAAGUAUGGCGGCCAAUGCGGCAAAUCUCAAGUACAACAGCCAAGAGCUCGACUCGCCGGCCGAAUACCGCAGCACGAACAGCAAUACCGCCUCUGCGCCCACCGCCAACGAUCUGUCGGACUUGCAGGGUCUCGACAUGUCACGCUCCAGCGUCAGCGCUUCGAACUAUCACCACAACUUCCAGCUGCCUGGCAGCGCCAGCUCCAAUAUACCGGGUAUCGGUCGCUAUCAUCAUCACAUCUACGAUAUACUCUCCGAGCGUGAACAACAGACGCAACAAGCACAGACACAGCAGCAACAACAUCAUAGUUCAGCAGUAGCAGCCGCCGCUGCUGUGGCGGCUCAACAUCAACAACAGCAGGAACACUCCAGCCAAUUGGCUAUGCAACAACACCAAUCGGCCAUGCAUAAUAUGCUACCCGAUCAGCUGGGCGAGCAAGAUCACGAUCAGACCACUUCGGUAGACUUGAGUCGUACCGCCAACUAUGUGGUACCAUCACCACCACAGCUACCAUACAAUCACCCACAUCACGAUAUGCUGCGCAUGGCUUCGUUGGACUUAACGCCGAAUACCAACAUGUCGGUCGGCAAUAAUCGCUCCUUCCUCUCCUCACAGAUGCAGCAUCAAAGUCGUGAGAGUCUGGAACAUCAUCGUUUACUGUCUACGGUGGAGCAGCAUCGCAUAUUGGCCGCAUCCAAUGUGGCGGCUGAUCAGCAUCGCUUACUAGUCGAUCCCACCGCUCACCUGCUGAUGGAGCAAAAUAAUCGACUCUUGGGCACCGAUCAGUCACGCCUACUCGGCGAGUCGGCGCAAAAUAGACACAUGGCGCGUAGUUUUGGCGCCUACCAUCAGGUCGCGUCGGGCAAUUAUCAUCCGGGUGUGCGUCCACCAGUACUGCCAUCGGCUAAUCAUCAUGCUUCCAAUCCAUCAAACUAUCAUCCCUUCCCGGCUUAUUAUUAAAAGUGAGUGUAAUGUCAAAAUGCUCGAUUGAAGUGUUGAAUGUUUUGCAGAGGUGCGAACAGGUGCUUUUAAUAGGGUUUCCAGAAUUUAGUUUCGAUUUUUAAGAUGGAUAUUUUGAGCAUAGAUUUCCCAUGAAUAAAUAUACCUUUGUUUCUGACCGCAUUCACAUUAAUUUCCGAAGGCAUAGCUUCGCUGAAAUAGUAAAUGAUUAUUCGAAUUCCUUUGUCGGAUCUGUACCUUCAAAAACUUCGAUCUCUUUGUCAGCCAAAAGCUUCGAUCCACCUUCUUCUUGUCAGCAAUAUGUAUUGAAAGAGGUUCGGUUCGAUUUUUGAUCACUGAGAGAGUCUUGUUCAGUAGUAAUUCAGCGAGGGUUUAGUGCUUAUUAAGUAAAUAUUGAGAGCAAAAAAUCUUCAUAGACCCUCUCGAAGACUGCGAAGUGCGUUUCCUUGUAUUUCUGGAGUCAGCGAAUACUAGUUCUUAAUUCUAGUAAUAGUCUCAUUUUUGUAUAUACAUAUAUGUUUCAAGAAUUCAUGCACUCUUGAAUUGCUUUAAAAAAGAUAAGACUUUUGUAAUUAAUAUUCCACUUCUGAAUUUUGUACCACAAGACCGAUUUUGUGACACCCUACACUUCGUAUUGACACCACAUUUCUGUUAGAUGGUAUAUCAAAAGCACAUUUUUCGGCAACAAAGGAUAUGAUAUUGGUUUCGCCGCCUGUUGGCCUACUAAAUUUAAGAGUUCGUCGUCGUGAAGUCUUUGUAUAGUAGUAUUAAAGAAAGGUAGUAUCUUAUAUAUAGAAGAACAAAAUGAAAGUAUGUAAUAAGCUCUCAAUGGUUUUAGGCCGUGAAAAGUUUUUUGAGAGAUAGAAACUCGAAAUUCAUUUUUUGAAAAAGUAGUAGGUACUUAAAACUUGCUAAUUUAUGGUACUUAAAAAUAUUGAUGUAAAAAUAGUAAGGUAUGAAAAUAUAUGUAUGUAUAUAAACAGAAUUAAGAGUAAGUAGUUUAUACACUACUAAACCUAUGAUUUUUUAUUUCUUUUUUUCAUUCUUCUGUGUUAAUUGUGCAAUUUUUUUAGUGCAAAAAGAGAAAAUUACGAUUAUUUUCUGAAAAAAAAUGUUUCUUUUGGAAAAUUGAUACUAAUGAAGGAUUUGGAUAUCGUUCUUAUUGCGCUUACUUCUUGGAAAGUUGCUUUUUAUUAUGUAGAUUCACCCCAACCAUAUUUCACUGCUUUGAGAAGAAGUAAAAUACUCGCAAAAUUUAAGUUUAUUUCCAGAAUAGUCAAGUAACUUUUCUGACGCUGAAAAGGCUUCGUUGUGUUCUAUUUAUCGCCAAAAUUUUUAGCUUACAUUUAGGAUGUGAGCAAAGAAUGUACUUUCUUUCAUAAUAGAGCAUACAUUUUGGAUUACUUUUCACACUUUGUAGCAUACAUUUAGGGUGUAUUCGGGGAAAAAUAAGUAUUUUUAAAUUUUAUUAUCAAAUUGCUUAUUUCAAAGUGGAAUGGCCUUCUGUUAUCCUACUGAUGAUUAUACUUCGAAAUAUUUUUAAAAAAUAUAUAGCAUACAAUUAGGAUGAGUUGUGUGAAAAAUAAUAUUUUUUAAAACAUUUUGCAUGCAUUUAGGAUGGGUUGUAUGAAAAGAAAAAAAUUAAAUAGUAUAUUCAUAGAUUGACUUUUUUUGCUAUCUUCAAACUGGAACUACAUAUCUGCUAUUUUUCUACUUCGAAAUGUUUUUCAAAAUUUGUGGCAUAUAUUUCGGGAGUGUUCGGAGCAAAAAUAAAUAUUUAAAAGAAACUUUAGCAUACAUUUAGGAUGAGUUGUGCAAAAUUAAUUAUUCUUAGUUAAAGAGCAGUUUCUUCACAGUUAGAACUUUUUUGCUUUCUUCUAACUGGAAAUUCCUUUUAUUUUCUACUUCGAAAUAUUUUUCAAUUUUUUUUUAUUUUUAUAUUAGUAGCAUACAUUUAGGAUGACUUGUAUGAAAAGUAAAUAUUCUUACAAAAUUUGUUGCAUACUUUUAGGAUGUUCGUUUUGCACAUUAAAUUAUGUUUAGUUAAAGAGCACUUUAUUCUCCUUUGAACUUUUUCUUACCCUAACCUCAAAUUUUUUUCCAGACUUAACAGCAUAAAGUAUCAAAAAAGAUCACUACCCUUAAGUAAGUAACUGUAAAUGUAUGUAAUUGUGUCCAUUUAAAGCAGUUUAAAUCCCGCUAAAUGGCUUGAAGUAUAUACAUACAUAUGUGUUUUUAAGAAUAUGUAUUUAUUUACUACUUUAUUUACCCACGCAUAGUUAUGUAUUAGUGUACUACUUAUGUAUGUAUCGUAAUGUCUGUAAACAACUAAUAAAUGUGUUUGUUCCUUUCCCUGUGUGGUAUUAUUAUUAGAACUCUACUAUAAUUAAUGAAUUUCACAAUAAAAUAUUACAAAAACUAAUUUAUAUAUAUAAUAAUAAAAAAUAUAAACAAAAUAC